GCUGCCUCCGCGGUCCGCGCCUCCAGUGCCUCGCUCGCGACCAAGGCGAAUGAUUAUGUUCACUAACCAUUCAACAACUGACAACUCUUUGAGCAAAUACUAAAUAAAACACACCAGCAAAUUGUGAAGUCUAGUGAAGUGUUAUUGUUAUACCAGUGAUGCAACUAUGGAAGUAAAUAAACCAGUUGACAACGAAAUAUAGUGCCAAAGACCAAAAUGUAACUUAAUUUAUGAUACAUCGUAUUUAGUAAGUUGGAUCGAAUCGAGAUGGAAGGGGUGCGAGUGACGCACCAGGGUGUGCGUGCGCACUCGGCAGAGGGGUCGGCCGGCCGGAUCACGCAGGCGGGCCUGGCGGCGCGGAGCCCCGAGGGCACCGCUGCCAAGGGCAUGCCCAUCAAGGGUCAUGAGGAUCUUUGGGUCGAAAUUCAAGCUAACACCUUUAAAAACUGGGUCAACGAAACAUUAAAACCGAUGGAUAUAAAGGUAGCAGACUUAGUUGAAGACCUACGAGACGGUACAGUGUUGUGUGCGUUAGUGGAAGCGUUACAAGGCCGCCGGCUGAAAGGCUGGAGCCCGAACCCUUCCAACCAGCAUCACAAAUUGGAUAACGUCACUACUGCUUUGCAUGCCAUCGAGGACGAUGGUGUUAAGCUGGUUAAUAUAGGUAAUGUGGACAUCGUGAACGGAAAUUUGAAGCUUAUUUUAGGUUUGAUUUGGUCUCUUAUAGUGCGAUACCAAAUUGGACGCAGUAAAUUCCCACCCAGAAAAUUGAUGCUAUCGUGGCUGCAAGCCGCUCUGCCCGAGUGCCGAGUCAACAACUUGACUACGGAUUGGAACAGUGGUGUGCUGCUGUCGGCUCUUUUAGACAACUGCAAGCCUGGUAUUUUCCCGCACUGGAGAGAGUUAAACCGCCACGAAGCUGUAGAGAACUGUCGCCGCGCAAUGAAAUUAGCUCACAGGGAGUUCGAAGUUCCCAUGGUGCUAGAGCCGGAAUACUUAGCUUCACCGUGGUUGGACGAACUCUCUGGCAUGACUUACUUAUCUUACUUUAUGAAACCAAAUGGACCCGGAUAUCGAUCUACUUUGGAUUGGGUUAAUUCGCGAUUGGAAAGGGGUAUUACCAAUUUCACCACGGAUUGGAAUGACGGGCGUGUAGCGAACGAAUUAGUGCGGUCAAUGGGGGGACCGGCCCCGCCACUGAGCCGGUUGAGGCGCGACCCGGCGAGGUGGGAGGAAAACAACCAACAAGCCAUUGAUGCAGCAGUGAAAAUUGGCGUUCAACCAGUUUUAUCAGCCCGUGAUAUGAGCCAAAGCGACGUUGAGCACCUGGGGGUUAUGGCGUGGGCGAACCAGUUCCGAAACGUGGCGCCGCGACCGCCGGUUCACGACAUGCUGCGUGUGGCGCUCGACUCCACCUCGGGCCGCGUCGGCGAACCUACUUACAUAAAAAUAGAGAGUAUUUCGAACGACAUUUCCACUUCGGAUGUGAAGGUGACGAUAGUGAAUCCCCUGGAGCAGGAGUCGCGCAUGCAGACGGACUCGCGGGGAGCCGGCGAGUUCGUGCCCGAGCACGCGGGCAUGCACGAAAUCGUGCUCACCGUCGACGAUAUAAGGGUCGACGGCCGGUACUUCUUCAGAGUACUGCCCAGACUGGUGACCGUGCCUCCACCAGGGAUGGCGCCGUGCGCUGUCGGCAGCAUCGUGGAGGUCCUCGUCAGCGCUACAGGAGCUCCACGACGAGAGGACAUAGACGUGACGGCGCAUUCACCGAGCGGGCGCGCUUUGGCGCUGGAGCCGCGACACCCGCCGCCGUCGGCCCCCGGCACCACGGCCUCGAGUGCCACCUUUCAGCCGGACGAAGCUGGCACUUGGACCAUUGCUAUUACGUACAAGGGAGAUCAUAUUCAAGGAGGCCCAUUCACGUGUGACGUGUUCGAGCCGGGCGGUGUGCGACUGAGCCCAGGGGCGCUGGAGGGCGCGGAGCCGCUCAAGCCGCACUCGUUCGAGCUCGACACCAGCGGCUGCGGUGCGCGUGGUGACCUGCAACUUGACAUCGUCCACGAUAAACGCAGCGUCAUGUGCGCUCUCGAGAAGCUCUCUGCUACCAAGUAUCGCGCUACGUUCAUGCCAAAAGCUCCAGGAAAACAUAGGCUAUAUAUUUACUUUAACGGCUACGACGUCCACGGCUCUCCGCACAUGUUCCGAGUGGGUUCACGUUCUAAGAAGCCAAGGGAUAGUGCGAGUCCUUCCUACGCAAGGAUCUCGAGCCCAGUUUCCAGAAUAAGAUCAGAAAGCCCUCUCAACAAUUAUAACUUCUACGAAAAAAACACAGCGAAACACAACAGUUCAUUUGAUCGUCGUGAAGAAAGACGCGAUUCGACAGACUACUACAAGGCUUCCUUUAGCCCGGACCUUAAAGAAAAAAGCUACGAUGUAGUAGAUUCUGCAUACUCAACAUCUAGAAAUAUGAGAAAAGACAGCACUAGGUAUGAAACGGAAAGUCCGAAAAAUAGAACAACGAGCCCAAUAACAACGAAGCACCUUGGAAAUGGAUCUCGACUUGAUGUGAACAGGUCGACUAGUCCGUAUCGAGCCACGAGCCCUUACCGGGCCACCAGCCCCGUCGGGCGCACGGCGAGUCCGCUGGUGAGGAAGGACAGUCCGCUUAACCGCACUUCCAGUCCGAUUAACAGAGUGAAUAGUCCAACGGAGCAUUAUAGCCCAGUGACGACCACUAAACGUGUGGUGGAAAAGCGAAGCAACUACAAGAUGUAUAGCUCCUACAGUGGCUCACAAGACAACCUGGAUCAGAGCAGCCCUUUUUCCUCGCUGGAUGCUGACCGCGCGAGAAGACUAGGCAGCCCAAGUGCGGGAGACCCUGGAGGGAGAUCGUAUAAUACAAGAAGAGAUUCAUGGGAUUCCCUUGAGAAAACCAGACAAAUGCUAAGUGCUAACAGCCUGGAGCCGGCUGGUCCACCGGAGCGGUACGCCGGACCGAGUACGCUGGAACGCGAGACCAAGCGCAACACGCAACUGAACAAAUUCGGUGACAUGUCGCGCAGCUCGUUCAACAGGCAGCUCGACCGACUCGCCGACGACGAAUCCGAUUCCUACACGUCUCGACAGGAAUUCAAGCGCGAAGUACGGGAGAGCACGUACGUCGCGCGCGACUCUUCCUACAGCAGUGUGGAAGAGAAACAACAACAACAGCAGUCUUUUUUAUCCAAUAGGCCCCCCCGCGACCCUACCGGGGGGGCCCGCUCUGAAACCGAUGCGGCACACGCUCGUUUCAGACCAAUUGAAAGGGAAAACAAUAGAGGAGCUCGAGAAAUUCAAGUACAACCAACAAUCAGUGGAACAGUCGAUAGAUUAAUAGAGUUUAUAGUGGACUGCGCGGGCGCCGGGCCGGGGCACCUGGAGUUAGAGGUCCGCGACGCGGACGGCGCGUUGGUGGGCAGCUCGGUGCGCGCGCUGGGGACGCAGCGGUACGCGGCCGCGUUCACGCCGCGCAAGCCCGCGCUGCACACGGUCGCUAUCACCUUCAACGACCAACACGUGCCUGGGUCCCCGUGGAAAGUAGAGGUUAUGGCCGGCCCAGCGGGCGGCGGCGGGGGCGAGCCCACCAGACUCAUCCCCGCAAGAGUUCCCGCUGUAUUUGAAAUCUCCACCUCGCCUGGUGCCGCCGCUUUCAGUAAAACCGAGGUCGAGGUGACGGUGACUGCCCCGUCGCGCCGGCCGGUGACCGCCCGUGUGCUGGACGUCUCGGAGCGCCCCGGCGUCUACAGAAUAGAGUUCACGCCUGAAGAAGUCGGCACUCACCUUAUUGAUGUAGCUAUUGCAGGAGACAAGUUGGCCGCGGGUCCUUUGGUGGCAAAGGUAUACGAUGCUAGUCUCAUCAAGGUCACGGACAUCGGGAAUGCUGUAGUCGGCCAACAGUCACAGUUCAGAGUGGACGCUAGUGCUGCGGGCGAAGGCCAAUUAGAAAUUUCAAUAAAUGAAGGUGAAGUGCCUAACCACGUACAGGUGGUAGGUGGCGGACGUUGCCUCGUAUUUUGGAGACCUGAAACACCAACUCCUCACCGAGUAGAUAUAAAAUUUAAUGGGGAACCAGUGCCAUCAUCGCCGUUCAUUUUCAAUGUAGCACCAGCACAAAGAGUCACCAUUGACACCUCACAAAUUGAACUGAUCCCCGUUGGAGAAGUGGCAUCAUGCUCAGUGCGCGUGGAAGGCUCAGCUGGCGGAGAGCUAAUAGUGACGGUUCGCGGUCCGCGGGCCGAAGUGCCUGUGCGGCUCACUGGUGACGCAGUCUCCGGGCUACUAGCGAGCUUUACGCCGCGACAUGUGGGCCCACAUACCUUGACAGCACAUUACAAUAACCAGCCAGUGCCUGGUACCCCAUUCAUCUGUAAAGCCUAUGACGGCAAGUUAGUGAGUGUGAAUGGAGGGUCAUCAGCUCGCGUUGGUGUCCCGGUUCAACUAGCAGUGGACGCAGCACAAGCCGGAGAGGGCAACUUGGAGAUCACUGUUGCCGCUCGAGGAUUGAACAUACCAACUCAAGUACACCCACAGGGCAAUGCUAGAUUUACAGUUUCAUUUACUCCAACUGAGGCUUGUGACCAUGUAGUUAAUGUGUCUUUUAAUAAGAUGCGAGUGCCAGGCUGCCCACUGAUCGUGGAGGUGUCGGAGGGCAGCGGCGGCGGCGCGCGCGUCACACUGCCCGGGCCCGCGCCGCUGCACCAGCCCGCCGCGCUCACGCUGCACCACCCCAGCGCCACGCUCGACCAGAUAGAGGUCAAUGUUGAGGGUCCGAACGGCGCGUCGGUGCCAGCAGCGGUAGCGGCGGCGGGCGCCGGCGUGUUCCGCGCCGAGUUCGUGCCGCGCGCCGUCGGCGAGCACCGCCUCAACGUGCUCGUCGAUUCCACGCCCAUCCCGGCUAGCCCAUUCCACUUAAAGGUGUAUGAUGUAACCGCUAUAAGAGUAAAAGACGUCGCGCAUGGAACAGUCGGAAAGCCUGUUACAUUUUUAGUGGAAACAAUGGCAGCGGGCCCAGGCAAUCUGGAGGUGACGGUGAACGGCGGUCGCGUACCGACGGCGGCCGCCGCGCAGGGAGCCCACACUUACGCCAUCAGCUUCACCCCGCGCGACCCGCGCCCGCACACCGUCGAGCUCCGUUUCAACGGUGACCAUGUCCCAGGCAGUCCGUUCGUGUGCCACGUGUCGGCGCCGGCGCGCGUGAUCGGUGCGGGCUCGAGCGAGUCGCCCGACAAGGUGUCGGUGGGCGACGCGUACACGUUCAGCGUGGACUCGCCGGCCUCGCCGCAGGUGGACGUGCUGGGGCCGGCGCGCCGCCCCGUGCCCGUGCAGGUGUCUGCUGAAGAAACUGUUGGUGAAAACGAACCUAGCAAAAGAUACACCAUCUCGUUUGUUCCCGUUGAUGUCGGCGACCACAGUAUCGAGGUCCGAGCCGGCGCAAUGGGCGGGCACGUGGAAGGCAGCCCCUUCCUGGUGAAGGCGUACAGCGCGUCGCGGGUCGCCGUCACCGACAUCGCGCCCGGCGUCGUCGGCCGCCCCGUCUCUUUCACCAUCAACGCUUCUCAUGCCGGUGCUGGCAACUUGGAAAUAAUCGUAGCCGUAAAUGGCAGGAACGUUCCAAAUUUUGUUCAGAGCGAAGGGAACGCUAGAUUCAAGGUGAACUUCAAGCCGUCGGAGGCGGCGCCGCACACCCUGUCUGUCCGGUUCAACGGGCACGCCGUGCCCGGCUCGCCGUUCACUUGCCCGGUGUCGGCGCCGGCCGCCGCUGCCGACGCGCGCGCCUCCGGGCCCGGACUCGCCUCGACUCCGCGCGGGGAACCCGCCGAAAUACACCUCACCGGCUUCCACACCGGCGAGCCGACGGUGUACGUGUCGGGGCCGGGCGGCAGCGUGGUGCGCCCGCGGCUGUCGGCUCUGGGCGACGGCCGGUACGCGGCGGCCUACACACCCGAGGCCGUGGGCCGCCACAGCGUGCAGGUGUCGUGCGCGGGCCGCCACGUGCCCGGCUCGCCCUUCACGUGCAACGUGUACGACGUGCGUCGCGUGCGCGUCACCGGCCUGGGGCCAGGAGAACUGGAAGGCACCCUCGAAGGACUCAGCUUAGAAGAAGGGGCAGAAGAGGAGCGCGGAGUGGAAGUCGGCAAGGCGGUCACAUUCAGCGUGGACGCGGCCGGCGCGGGCGAGGGCACGCUGGAGCUGGUCGUGUCCACGCCGUCCACGACUGUCAAGGCUGAGGUGGUGGCAGUAGCGCGUGGUCUAUACGACGUGACAUUCGUGCCGGUGUCCAGAGAGCCUCACCGCGUGUCCGUCACGUUCAACGAGCAGCCGGUGCCCGGCAGCCCGUUCGUGUGUCGCGUCAGCGAGCCGCACACCUACGUGCAGAUCGGCGGCAUUGCGACAGUGGAAGUGGACGAGAACCUCUCAGACGUGGAGGUGGUGUCGCCGACGGGCGCUCGCGUGGCCGAGGCGCAGAUCGAAGACGCGGGCCUGGUCACCUUCCCCGCCAACCGGGUGGGAAGAUACUUGGUGCGGAGCGCGAGGGGCCCGGUAGCCGAGGUGGAAGCUCUGGACGCUAACGCCGUCAAAGUGCUGUCUAUUGGGGACGCUGUUGCUCACAAACCUGCCAUACUCACAGUGAGCACAACCAACGCGGGCGCGGGCCGUCUGUCGGGGCGCGUGACGUGCGGCGGGCAGACGGUGCCGCACUCGAUGCGGCGGCGCGGCGGCGGCCGGCAGGAGCUAGUGUGGCACCCGGCGCGCGCCGCGCCGCACCGCCUGUCGCUGCUGUGGAGCGGCGCGCCCGUGUCCCGGGAGCCGCUCGUCAUCGACGUGCUGCCGGCCAGCCACGGACAAGAGGUAUCAGCGUCCGGGCUUGGGCUAUACCAGGCGCAGGUUGGCCGCGUGGCGUCGUUCAGCAUAGACACGCUGGGCCGGCCGGCGCGCGAGUUCGACGUGGUCGUGUCCGGGCCCGGCUCGCGCGCGCUGCCCGUCCGCUGCUACCAGACCAAGUCGGGACUGCUGCAGGCAGAAUACACCAUCACAGAAGUCGGCCAGAGCACGAUAGAGGUCCUCCACUUGUCGAAGCCCGUCACUGGCAGUCCGUACACGUGCGAGUCGUUCGACCCCAACAAAGUCAUGAUGUCUGGGCUGCCCACAGGGAACAUCAUCACACAGACGCCCGUCAACUUCACAGUGGACACAAAGGAAGCCGGCGUAGGCGAGCUGGAAGUAGUCUGCGAAGCCAUGGGCGAGAAACGGGUCCGCAUCCCUGUAGACAUCCGCGAGGACGGACACACGUACCGCGUGCGGCUGCGCGCCACCGUGCCCGCGCACUACCGCAUCUACGUCAACUAUGGAGGUGCGCCGGUCGCCGGCAGCCCUGUGUCGCUGGGCGUGUUGAGCGGGCGCAGCAGCGGCGCGGCGCGCUGCGCGGGCACCGGGCUCGCGCACGCGCACGUCGGCAAGGAGGCCGCCUUCACCAUCCACUGCGCCGACCACGCCGCUCCCACCGUGCAGGUUGAAAAGCUAACCGAAGGCAAGGACGAAGACGCGGAGUCGUCCGGCCUGCUGGAGUGUCGCGUGGUGGCGGGCGCGCCGCGCGAGUGGCUCUGCGCGUACAUCCCGCUGGUCGUCGGCCUCUACGAAGUGCGGAUAUUCACCUCCACCGGCCCCUUGCCUGGCAGCCCCUUUUCUGUCAAAGUCAUAGACACAUCUGCGAUCGUGCCAGUGGGCGGCUGGGGAGCGGACAGCUCGGGCCGCGUGCGCGCGCCGUCCAAGCUCGUGCUCGACACCAGCAACGCGGGCCCCGGCACGCUGGAGUGCUUGCUGGCUGGCCGACACCAACGCGUGGAGACAGUGUCGGGUCGGGCCGUUGUGACUCUAACGGCAGCCGAAGGCGUGAGCGGCGAGCAGGAGUUAGAGUUGACGUACAACGGCGCGCUGGUGGGCGGAGCACCGCGACGCGCGCUAGUCGCCUCUGGGAACACGGCGGACCGCGUGACGCUCGCGGGUCGCGGGCUGGCGCACGCCGCGCCGCAUACUCCCGCCGUCUUCACUGUUGAUGGAAGCGCGGCCGGCCCAGGCGCCCCUGAGGCGUCACUAACGUCGGCCGAUGGCGAGAACGUGCCGGUGGCGCUGGUGGCGGCCGGGCCGGGGCUCUGGCGCGCCAGCUACACGCCGCGCCGCGCCGGCGACCACCAGCUGAGGGUCACCUGGGCGGGUCGGCUCGUCAAAGGUUGUCCGUUGACGGUGAACGUGACAGCGGGCUCGGAGAGCGGCGACGCGUCCCGCGUGGUGUGCUCCGGCGCGGGGCUGGCGGGCGGCGUGGUGGGCCGCGAGAUCCGCUCCUGGAUCGACACGCGCCGCGCGGGUCCCGGGGAACUCACGGCGCACUGUACCGGCCCCAACAAGGUGGCGUACUGCGAGUUGUACGAGCACGGCGACGGCACGUUCACGCUGAAUGUGAAGCCGGCUGAAGCGGGCCGGCACGUGCUCAGCGUGCAGUUCGCCGGCGACCACGUGCCCGGCUCGCCGUUCGUGCUCAAGGUCGCCGGAGCGCCCGACCCUUCCAAGGUCCGCGUGUACGGACCGGGCGUGGAGCCGGGCGUGCUGGCGACGUUCCAGUCGCGGUUCCUGUGCGACACGCGCGGCGCCGGCGCCGGCCAGCUCACCGUGCGCGUGCGCGGCCCCAAAGGCGCCUUCCGCGUCGAGAUGCAGCGCGAGAGUCAGAAGGACCGCACUAUUCUCUGCAAGUUCUCCCCCACGGAACCUGGCGACUACCGCGUGGAGGUGCGGUGGGCGGGCCGCCACGUGCCCGGCUCGCCCUUCCCCGUCAUGAUCUUCGACACGCAAGAGGAGCUCCGUCGGUACAUACAGGCCAACAGCGCUUGACACACCACCACCAGACAUACUAACUCAACCCAUACGAUUACGUAGCUUAAGCGUUCAUAUUAUUAUAAUGUUUAAAUAAUAUAUAACGAAUGAAAUUUA